AUAUUUGUCUGCUUCAAAUUUUUCGUUGAUCGAUACUUUCGACAACUUUUAGCAGCACUGAUCUAUUCUUUAUUACUUGCAUAAUUUGAAAAAAAACUCUUUUUCGUGCCACUAUAUCAAUUGACUGUUCAUAUUAAAAAGAGAAUGCUACUGGUUCUAGAAUCAAUCCUCCCGAUCAACAACCAAUAACUUGUACAUUUUCACCAGCUCUAGUUGAUUAUUAAAAGCUCAAUUUAUGCACAUAAGAAAGAUUUAAGCUUUACUUACUCGAUGGAUGUUUUCUGUUGACAAUAUGGAGUAUCCUUACUAUGGCUUUGACAAGAUACUCUUUUUGCAAGUAAAAAUUUAGUUAAAUGAAAAUUAGUAAAAUGGAUAAAAAACAAAUCGUUCCAGAGAAUAUAAUCUGCAUUCCACUUAUGGAUAAUGUGAGUGAACUUAAUGCCUUUAACAUAAAUAUAUCUAAAGUCAAGGAAGAACCUUUUGAAAGUAAUCAUGAAACAAAUAAAGCAACGCAUAAAUGUAUAUCUCAACAAAAUGUACAUGAAGAUGACAAAAUGCCGAAUAACUUAAUUCCAAGCUUGAGCUUAAAAAGCAGAAAAAGUACAAAUAUUCAGAGAGAUAGUAUAGAAAUAACACCAUUAAAAUCUACAAAGAAGGUGGCACAGUGUCACACCUGUGAGAAGCUUUUUACAAAGAAUUCAUCUCUGAAAACACAUAUUCAGACUGUUCAUAACAAUGAACGCAUCCAGUGUCCAGUUUGUGAAAAGCUCUUCACACAAAAAUCAGGUCUGGGAAGACAUAUGCGUCUUCACAGUGGAGAAAAACCAUUUAAAUGUCCUACCUGCAAGAAAACAUUUAUUCAAAGGGGUCAUUUGACCGUCCAUAUGCAAGUUCAUAAGAAGGAAAAACAGUACAAAUGUCAAAUAUGCGAUAUAACAUUCCCUACAAAAGAAAUCCUCUGCAAGCAUACGAGCUGUGAACAUUCCGAGAAACCAUUUGUCUGUAAUGUCUGUGGAAAGAAAUUUUCACGCAAAACCGAACUGACCUACCAUUCUUAUACACACACAUCUGAAAGACCACACAAAUGUGUUUAUUGUGAAAAAUCUUUCUCAAAAAGAUCUCACCUAGCAGUGCACACUAGUAGUCACACAGGAGAAAAGCCCUAUCAAUGUAGCAUUUGUGGUAAAACAUUCGUAACGCAAGGAAGACUGAAUAAACAUACCACAACGCACACAGAGAACAGAUUACAAAAAUGUGCAUACUGUGAAAAGGCUUUUGCGAAUAAAGAUUAUCUUAUGGAACACAUGAGAAUUCACACUGGUGAGAAGCCUCUUCAGUGUCAUAUAUGCGGACAGUCCUUUGAGAUGCGACAUAUGAUUAAAAGGCAUGUACGAUUCUGUACGAGGACUUACACUUGCGAUAUUUGUGGAGGAACAUUUAAGCGUAAACUACAUUUAGACAUACAUAUGUCCGUACACACUGGUGAAAAACGCUUUGAAUGCGAACAGUGCGGAAAAUCCUUUAAGCACAACACAUCUUUGAAUAAGCACAAAAAAGUUCAUACAAAAGAACUGCAGUAUGUCUGCACAGUAUCAAGUUUUUAAAAGACUAUAAUAUCUAACAAUAAGGUAGAUGUACAAGAUUUACAUAUAAUACUAUAUCAAGUCGAUUCAACAUCGUGAAAACUUACGUAACAGUAUUUCUGUUACCUAAAGAUCUCAGAGAUUCUUAGUGUAUAUUUUCGUAAUAAUUUACUUUCGUAAUUGAAA